CGUAUAGUGCAAAUUGCGAAACGCUAAAACCAAAAUCUACCGUCUCCGACGCCAGAUCAACAACCAGAGCCCCCCCAACAUUCACCAUUUUUAAGAUCUUAUGCUUCAAACCGAAUUCAACUAUAGUCGCAUCCUUUCUUAAAUCUAAGAAAUGGAAGAGGAUAACGAUUUGGAGCAGGUUACGGGGAGUCCAACAGCUGGAGAGAACGGAUUUGUUCAUAUAGAGUCAGCUGAUUCUGCUCCGACGGACGGUGGCUCAAUUAAUCAGGUUGACCAUCUCGAGCAGGACGAUGGGGUGGUGAUAACAGGAGUAGAUACUGUACAGUAUGAGCGACAUGAUGCAAGGACGACUGAAGAUGGGGGACACGAUGAGUUUGUGGAUUGUCCAGAUGACUUGGUUUCUAAUGAUGUGAGGUCCCCUGUUGGUGGAAAUAGGGCUAGCCAACAGCCAUUUGGGAACGAUAUGGAAGAUAUUCAAUAUAGGGCGCCUGACGAUGAAAAAGAAAUCUUUCCACAGGACUACGAGCAAGAACGAAGGAUGCUGAUGAAAGAAGUUACUAAUCUUCAUCAUCAGCUCAAGGCUCUAAGCAAGCAACAGUUGCUGAUUGGUGGAAUUGAUGCUGGUUUUUCUAGUGAUCAGCUUACAUCGGAAACAGGAGAGGGUGGCGAAAAGGCUUUGUUGCCUUUGCAUGAGAUGGUAAAUGAGUGCUUUAAGUUAAUUGAACUUGCUUUGAAUGAGCGAUCACAGGCCGAGGGCACAAUCAGAGAACUCAAUGCCACCCUACAUAUGAAGGAUAAAGAAAUUGAGGAUCUUAUGGCGAGGCUCAAUGAACACUCUAUAUCACAGGAUGUAGUAGCUAAGUCUGAUGAAGUGUCAUCUGUUGAGGCCACUGCAGAUAGGAUUUUAUUUUCUCUUGCAACUGCCCUUGGUGAUGCAGAAUUGUCUGAUACAUCUGUUAGUGGGAAGGUGUCUCAUCUUGAGAAAAGUACCUCCCUCUUACUUGAGAAGUACCACUACUUCCUUUCAGAAGUUGAAAUGCUUAGCCAUUGUUUGUCAGAGGUUAAGUCUGAUUUUUAUAUGCAAAAUGACAUGGAAACGGUUUUUCUCUCUGUACGGGAGGAGUUGUUUGCACUAAAAAGAAAAGAACUUGAGUUGGCCAACAAAAAUAGCCAUUUAGAAUAUCAGCAUGGACAGCUGAUGGAACAACUUAACAAAGGCAGAGAAACAGUUGAGUUGCUAAAUGCAGAGAUCGGAAAACUUAAAGGGGAAGUUGAACAGGAGAGAACGAGGUAUACUAAUACUAAAGAAAAGCUCAGCUUGGCUGUCACAAAAGGGAAGGCUCUGGUCCAGCAGCGUGACUCAUUGAAGCAGUUGGUUGCUGAGAAAACCAGUGAACUAGAAAGACGUUUAAUCGAAUUGCAAGAGAAGUCAAGUGCCCUAGAGCAUGCUGGGUUGAGGAAUGAUGAGUUGACGAGGACUGAAAAUUUGGUUAAUUCGCUGCAAGAAGCUCUUUCGCAAAGGGACAUGAUCCUUCAAAAAUGUGGAGAAAUUCUUUCGCUAAGUGGUGCUGCUGGGGAACUUCAGCCUUCAGAUAUCAUUGAGAGGGUUGCAUGGCUUGCAAAUGAAGUAAGUAGACUAGCACCCCUGUCUUGGGAAUUUCAGCGACUUACUGAAUUGUUAUCGUCCCUAGAGUUGCCGGAAGCCAGGCAACCUCCCAACUUAGAAUCUCAAGUUAGCUGGCUAUUGGAAUCAUAUAAUCUGGGAAAAAAUCAUUAUAUUAAGCUACAACAUCAAAAUGAUGCAACAAGAGAGGCUGCUCAUGCACAGAUUGAUCGCCUAACUGCAUCACUGUUAGCAGAAGCGCUGGAGAAGCACUUUUUUAUAGAGGAGUUUGAGGAUUUGAAAUACAAGUAUGAAGGAAUUGUUGGGGAGAAAAAGCAGAUGGUUGCUCUGUUGCUUGAUGCGUCUGGGUUCUCUAUAGAUGGUUUUGAGGAGAACUUUAAUCUACAGUCUGAUAUGGCUGUGGUGAUUGGCAGAUGCUUUUCGAAGAUAAAAGAACAAGCCAUAACUUCUACUGACUCAUCGUCCAUGGACAAAGAAGUGCUUGAAAAGAUUCAAAAUCUGUUGUAUGUAAGGGAUCAGGAAUCUAAGCUGUAUGAGCAAAUUCUUGAGGAAGAGAAGAUGUAUAGAUUGGAGCGGGAUAAUCGCUCAAAUGAGUUGGUAAAGGUUUUUGAAGAAUUACGUGCAUCAAAAGAUGAGAAGAACUCUCUGCAAAUAAAUCUUCAACGAGCCGAGGAGAAAGCUUCUUUAUUGAGAGAGAAACUGUCUUUGGCAGUUAAGAAAGGCAAGGGUCUUGUUCAAGAACGUGAAAGUAUGAAACAGCUAAUGGCCGAAAAGAAUGCUCAGAUUGAGGCGUUAAUGCUUGACUCGCAGAAGCAAGAAUCAACAUUGAGUGAGUGCAGGGAUCAGAUUAAUAUACUGUCAACUGAAGUGAAAAAAAUUGCAAAGUUGGAAUCUGAUCUCUUACGUUCAAAAGAAGAAAGGGAUCAAAUUGAGCAGUUCUUAGUUCAGAGCAACACCUUGUUGCAACAGGUAAUUGAGACAAUUGAUGGUAUUAUUCUUCCAGUAGAUCUAAAAGAGCCAGUUGAGAAGGUGAAGUGGUUGGCAACAUAUUUAAGUGAAUGCCAAGUUGCCAAGGCACAGGCAGAGCAGGAGCUAGGAGAUGUAAAAGAUGAAGCUGGUAUGCUGGCCAGCAAGUUAACUGAAGCCCUAGCAACCAUUAAAUCCCUUGAAGAUGCAUUAUCAGUUUCAGAGAAAAAUGUUUCUCAGUUAGCUGAAGAAAAGAGAGAAUUAGAAUUUUCAAAGACUUGUAUGGGAGAGGAACUACAGAAAGCAAUAGAUGAACGGGAAGUUUCAAAGACACAGGCAGAACAAGAAAUGCAAAUCUUAAAAGAGGAAGUCAGUACAUUGAACAAGAAGUUGGUGGAAGCCCUGAAAACCUUGAAAUCACUGGAAGAUUCACUGUCAGGUUCAGAAAAAACUAUCAGUCAACUAACUGAAGAGAAGAGAGAACUAGAGAUUGCCAAGUCUCGUGUUGAAGAGGAAUUAUAUAAAGCAAUGGAGGAAGCAACUUCUCAAUCAAGCAAGUUUCAAGAGGCCUCUGCCAAUAAAAAGUCGCUUGAAGAGGCAUUGUCGCUUGCAAAAAACAACAUAUCCGUGCUCUUGAGUGAACAAGAAGAGGCUCAAGCUAGCAAAGCUGCUGCUGAAAUGGAGCUACAGAAAGUUAAGUUGGAAGUUUCUGCUCAUGCCAUUAAUCUAGAUGAAGCUCACCAGACUAUAAAGUCCCUUGAAGAUGCAAUGUCUCAGAUAAAUACAAAUGUUUCUCAGUCUUCACAGGAAAAUGAGACACUAACUAGUAGAAAUGUAUUAGAGAGUGAGAUAAAGAAACUCAAAGAAGAGGCCAAGUACCAUGAGCGCAAGGUUGUGGAUGCAUCUGCAACUAUUAAAACACUAGAGGAUGCAUUGCUUAAGGUAGAGAACACUGUUUUCGAUCUUGUUGGGGAAAAGAAGAAUGCUGAACUGGAGAUUUCAGCCCUCAAUACCGAGCUGAGUACAUGUAGGCAAGAGUUGGCAGCCAAACAUGAUAAAUGGGCUUCGGAGCUCUCCAGUUUCUUUGGAAAUCUUGAAGUGCUGUUGAAAGAUGGAUCUCUAUUGUCCUUGUUCAAGCAAAGUUUUGAGAGAAAAAUCAAAAGCUUAAAAGAAAUAGACCGGCUUCUAAAUGAAAUGAAGGAUAAUUUUGAUUCAGAAAAGCUGCAAGAUCAUCCUGCUAUCAAGGAAAAUUUCCAGUCAACUUUCCUCCCUGCUGAUGACAAUGAUUGGACCACUGGGAUGAUUGAUGAUGAGUUUAAUGCAAAAGAUAUUGAUGGUUUUGGUUCAUAUGCUGGAAAAACUUUGGAUAACUUGAAUACUAGAAACCAAAUUCUUGUUGACCAAUUUGGCAGUUUCUCAACAGUCAUUGAUGACAUGAUUGCAUCUUUGUUGAUAAAACUAGAGGCAAUAAGGAAUACUGUGCCAUUUAUGGUUCAACAAACAAAAGCCCUGCAAGAAAAAUUGAAAAGCAUGCAGUUGGACAUGUCCACCACAAUUGAAGAAUUGAAGGGUGAAUUAGAGAAAUCCAAGUCAUUGAAUGAUAUAGCCGAAGAAGAAAAUGAUGCAUUACAAAGGCGAGUUUUUGAAUUGGAGACUGAACUAGAAGCAUCUGGAAAUAUGUGUAAUGAAAUGAGCUUUAAAUUAGAAGAUUAUCAAGCAAAAGAGGACAAGUGGAAAGAAAGAGAAGCGGAGUUGUCUGUGCAAAGUACUAGGUUCCAAGAAAGAGUUUUUAAGUUGGAGACUGAACUCAAGGAAUCUGUUAAAGAUUAUGGUAUACUUUUGUUUCUAUUGAUGAUCGUCCAUUUGAUUAUUAUCUGUAGUGAUCAAGGUUGUAUAUUCAUAUCAUUCAUUAUGACUACCGUAUUUCUAACUUUCAUACAUUUUCGUUGUUUUUCAGAGGGCGAUGCACCAAAUGCUCUUUUAUCAGCUUCACAGAUAAAAGCCCUGUUUGAUAAGAUAGAUGGGAUUGCAAUCCCUUUCCCAAAUCUUGUAGUGGGGAACAUACACCCCCAAGAUUCAGACCCUGUUAAAAAGCUCUUUUAUAUAGUUGAUAGUGUAAAUGAAUUGCUAGACCAGAUGACCUUGUUGUCUCAUGCCAAAGAAGAGCUGCGCUCGACCCUUUCAAAACAAGCCCUUGAAGUUGAGCAUUUGAAGGGGGAAUUCAAAGAAGCCAUGAAGGACAAGCAAGAGGCUGAAAAGACGGGGAGGGUAUUGUUUGAUUUAUCUAUAGGGUUGCAGAGCAUUAUUCAAAAGUUGGGAGGUGAUGAGUCUGUUGGAGUCAAGAAAUCUGCUGAUGUGGCAGGACUGCUCCCAGUACUAGAGAGGCUUGUUCAGGGCAUUGUUUUGGAUAGUGACAAUUCAAGAUCCAAAGCUCAAGAUCUAAGUGCCAAAUUGCUGGAGACCCAGAAGGUAGCUGAGGAAUUAGCAAGCAAGGUUAAACUACUUGAAGAUUUUAUUCAAAAUAGGACAGGUGCACCAAACACGAUACAGGAAAAAAGUGUUUUUGCGUCACCUUCCUUGCCUUCUAAAUCGGAAAUUUCAGAAAUUGAAGAUCAGGUUCCAGUUGGGAAAAUAGGCUUGCCUUUGGUGCCAUCUGCUCCCCAUGUGAGAUCUUUACGAAAGAAUUCAAGUGAUCAGCUUGCAAUUACCAUUGAUUCAGAGUCCGACCGUUUGCUUGGUAGAAAGGAAACUGUUGAAGAUAAAGGUCAUGUAUUUAAGUCACUCCAUACAUCGGGUCUAGUCCCAGUCAAAGGGAAGAUGAUUGCAGAUCGACUCGAUGGAAUAUGGGUAUCUGGUGGUCAAGCUUUGAUGCGUCGACCAAGGGCAAGGCUCAGUCUUAUAGCUUAUUGGCUAUUCAUACACCUAUGGCUUCUGGGCACUAUUUUGUGACCAUAACAAGGUGGUUCCAUCCAGGUAGACCAGAAUCGAACCAGCCAUAAGUCCCGUGUUCAGCUUGUACCAUAGAUAGGUAGCGCCUUUUCAACUUAUAUUUCUUAGGGUUGGGUUCUGGAGAGGAUGGAAGUUAUGGUGAGAAGGGUGAGAAGGGAUCUCCACCCUUGGAUCAAUCCUAAUUGAAUCUAGCACUAAUAUCACCGGAUCAAUUCCCGUGAUAAAUGCAAUUCAUGAGGUGGGGGUGAGAUUAAACGUGAUCAAGGUCCAGAUAUCUUCUUAUGCUUCUCACCUUAACUUCUAUUCUCACACGAUC